AUGCAUGUUUUGGGUAUUUGUGUGGUCACGUUGGGAUCUGGAGUUGUGGGUAGUUCCAUUAUUGGUAUUUGUGUUGGACUUGGGAUAGCUGGAUUUGGGAGUGGUGGAGGAACGACGACCAGUCUUGUUGCUUUGAUUUCAAAUGCAGGAAAGGAAGAUCAAGCCAUAAGCUACUGCAGUCUCCUACCUCUUCCGAUCGUUGGGAUAUUAAGAAGGCUGGUAGGAGGUGAAGUGGAAGUGGAUGAGGUUGUACGAAAAGUACGCGAAUCGCUAGAAUACCUCGGGAAUUUAGACUCAGAAACGCGGGAGGUGGUGAAGCGGUCGUAUGAAGAUGCGAUACAGAACACGAUGUGGGUGUCUUUGGGACUUGCGGGGUGUGCGUUACUGUGCUCGGUGUUUAGUAAGGAGAAGAGGUUGAAGUAG